UUUCAUCAUCAUCAAUGCACACUCAUCCCACCUUUCGCACUUUUCCUCGUUCAAUUUAAUUAAAAAAAAUCUAAACCUUAAAUUUCCAAAACUGUCUUCAAUAUCGUAAAUCUCACUGCAAUUCUCGAUUUUUGGUUUCUGGGUUUUAUUUUCCUGUGAAUUAGGGUUUGGUUCUGAUCGAAACCCGCACCAUGGCCAUGUUCGAUUCCUUCUUCAACAAGGGUUUUAAGGCUGCCAAAUGUAAAACUCUGCUGAAACUGACAAUUCCACGUAUAAAGCUGCUAAGAAACAGAAGAGAGAUUCAGCUGAAGAAUAUGCGGCGUGAUAUUGCGAAGCUACUUGAGACUGGCCAAGAAGCCACAGCUCGAAUUAGGGUAGAGCAUAUUAUCAGAGAGGAGAACAUGAUGGCUGCUCAAGAAAUCAUUGAACUCUUUUGUGAACUUAUUUCUGUCCGCCUUCCAAUAAUUGAAUCUCAAAGGGAAUGUCCUCUUGACUUGAAGGAAGCCAUAUCUAGUGUGUGUUUUGCUGCACCAAGGUGCGCAGAUCUGCCAGAGCUGGUGCAGGUUCAGAUGCUAUUUGCUGCCAAAUAUGGGAAGGAGUUUUUAUCUGCUGCGACUGAGCUCAGGCCAGACUGUGGUGUUAAUCGCCAGUUAAUAGAGCUGCUGUCUAUUCGUGCUCCUUCACCAGAAAAGAAACUGAACCUUCUAAAAGAAAUUGCUGUUGAGCAUGAUUUAGAUUGGGAUCCAGCAGCUUCAGAAUCCGAGUUCUUUAAAACACAUGAAGACUUACUGAAUGGCCCCAACCAAUUUGUUAGUGGGUCUAAAUUGCCCCUUCCUGAUGAAAAACACAAUGAAGAGACAUACUCUGCUCAUGAUGCACCUGAUAAAGAACAACCAGAUUCUGAUUCCGGCUCUGACACAUUAGAAUUUCCUGAAGUUCCAAAGGUAUCAGUCCGGCCAAAUGCAAAUGUUGCCACCGCUCCACAAAUGUUUACACCUCUGACUAUGGAACCCCUUGAUGUUGAUCUUGAUUCACCAAGCCACUCUGGAGAUUUUGCAGAUGUAAAGCAGGAGCAAGUUGGAGAUAUAUCAAUAGUUCACAAAGAAGAAUCCCACAGUUCAAUUGGUAAAAUGGAGAACAAACAGUUUGUGCCAUUCAUCUCCCCUCCAACAGUAUCACCUGGAUCAUUUUCUGCGAGACACAGUGACUCAUCUCCCUCCUUGUCAAGCGCAAAAUCUGAAACCAAUCUGGACUUACAGGACGUGUUGGCUGCUGCCCAUGCUGCUGCCGAAACUGCUGAACGUGCAGCAGCUGCAGCUCGCGCAGCAGCUAUCCUUGCUCAAGUCCGAAUUGAUGAGCUGACUAAGAAGAAAAGUAGUGAACAUGUACAAGACAGCAACUCGGAGAACCCAUUUUAUGCCGGUGGAGAUAAUGAAUCUCCAACAAUAGAUAAGCAAUUUACUGAGCAAAAUACUGCAGGUAACUCUGAUGUCCAUAAUAGAAACGGUGUUGAACAUCACCAGGAUCAUUCUACUUCUCCAAGAUCUCAUUCAUCAAGUUUUCCUUCCUUUGACACACUCAAGGAAGAUUUUGAUUCUUCCCUACCCAAUGAUCAUGUACUGAAUGACAAAUCCUCUAGUCACCAACCCAAGAGAUUACCUUCAAUGGAUGAUGACUCAUAUUUCUCGUACCCCAACUUGUUUACCUCUCAAAACUCUAAUGUUGGAUCUCAAACUCAUUCAGAUAAUAGCCGUUCCCCUCAUGAUCUGUGAUGGAGAGUUAUUAUCCGGCCACACAUUUCCUUAUAUGAGUCUCAAAUCUUGCUUUGUGGGUGUGAUUUAUACUUCUGCAAUAAGUACCUUUUUUUAUUUUUUUUCUUUCAAAGAGCAUGCAAUCACAGGCUUUUGCUUUGGUUCAGAAGCGUUACUGUAUGUGGCUGGGGCUGCAAUGAGUGUAGAAAUCUUAGUGUUGGAAUAAAAGCGUUCAGUUUCAUUUUUUUUUUUUUAUAUAUAUAUAUAAAUAUAUUUUUGUUUAAACAGCAGAUAUACGAGUCAGGUCACCGGAGGAUAUUAGACAUGUAAUGCAUUCAGAACUUCAUUUGUAAUUGUUGUCAUACUAUGGCAUGUUACAGUCUGGAAUAUAUCAUCUCAUUGUUUAUUUA